CUUUUAUACAUCUCCAACCCGCGCACUCUCACUCCAGUCAUUCAUUCUUUGCUCAUUUUCGCGUGCGAUCUCAUUCGAUGCGGCGUUCCUUUUUACGAUAGCAAUGGACGGUGACCCGAGCGUGGAGCCCGAACUGGACUCCUUCAGUUUGACGCUCCCGUUACCAUACAGAGCUGCCUUGGUCAUUGUUCUUGGGGUUUGGGCAUGGGGCGCAAACCUGCAUUACCUCUCUCUCGUCAAAAUCGACGUCCCCUCCCUCCUCCACUACCCCUCCCGAGCCUCCCCACGAACCGACCUCCCACACCAUCUCUCAACCUACCGACUCGCGACCCUCCUCACGAUCCCACUAACCCUCUCCCUCCUCCUCUUCUGGCUCCUAUCCCGCCGUGAUCCUGCCCUAGUGAUCCACUACGACUACCUCCCAAUUGCCUACCUCGUGCUCCUCCUCUCCCUCUUCCUCCUCCCUCUCCGCCGCUUCUCUUCCUCUGGCCGGACACGCUUCCUCACCACCCUCCGACGAAUCUCAAUCGGCAGUCUCGCGCCCUCAAACGCGGGGAAAUUCGGGGACAUACUACUCGCAGACGUGUUAACCUCCUACGCAAAGAUAAUCGCCGACCUGUUCGUCUCCCUAUGCAUGUUCUUCUCGGGGUCCGACGGCUCCGCAACCGCGCGUCCAGACCGAGGGUGCGGAGGCCAAUACCUCGUCCCAAUAAUCAUCGCGAUCCCCUCGCUCAUCCGGCUCCGUCAAUGCCUCAUCGAAUACGUGCGCGUCCGAAACCAUAAUAUCAAGAACGGCGGCAUGAGCGCACAAACCGGAUGGGGCGGCCAGCACCUCGCCAACGCGCUGAAAUACGCGUCCGCCUUCCCGGUCAUCAUCCUCUCCGCACUCCAGCGAAACCUCUCUCUCGACCACGAGGACAUCGGCGUCACGGAAACAACGCUCUAUCGGCUCUGGCUGGCCGCCGUGUUCAUAAACAGCAUGUACAGCUUCUACUGGGACGUGGCCAAGGACUGGGAUCUCCGCCUCUUCACCUCCGUCCACCAGACCCUCACCGGCACAUCUCCCACCCUGCAUCCCCAUGCCCACCCCCCCGCCACCCCGUUCGGGCUCCGCGAACGCCUCGUCUUCCCGCGCCCCGCGAUCUACUACUCCGCCAUCGCGCUCGACCUCCUGCUGCGCUUCACGUGGAGCCUGAAGCUGAGCCCGCACCUCGACCACUUCGCCGACUUCGAGAGCGGCAUCUUCGUCAUGGAGGCGCUGGAGGUGGGCCGGCGCUGGAUGUGGAUCUUCCUCCGGGUCGAGACGGAGUGGGUGAGGGGCCUGGGGAUGGGGGCGAAUCGGGGCGAGGGCUUGCUGGGACAGGAAGAGGUGUUGCUUGGUGAUUACUCGGGCGGGAAUUCGGAUGAGGAUUGA